UGUGCGUCUUUUACGCAGCAGAACCAAAACAAGUGGAGUGCCGGAUAAAGGACAAAGAAGACUUUCACCAGGAGACAAGGAUUUAAGAGGCACCCACAGGAUCACAGCGUUUAAAGUGAUGCAACUUUUUUGAGUUUUCUUCAACAUCUUUUGGGAAUAUUAUUGCACACGACGAAUGCGGACAUCCACUUAGAGCUGGGAAACAAACUGAGAAGAAAUGGCACAUCUUCACUUGAGAUACCUCCUGGCUUUGGCCUUAGUGCACGUAGUUUUGUCCUCUGGUGUGUUUGAGCUGAAAAUUAACUCAUUCCACACGGCGCAGCGCAUCUGUAGAAGACACAGGGACUGUCACAUUUUUUUCAGAAUUUGCCUAAAACACCCGGAGGAUGUGAUCUCCGCAGAGCCGCCCUGCACCUUUGGCACCGGACACACCAACGUUAUCAGAGCCGAUCACACCUCGAUUUCUAGCAGCGCUCCCAUCAGGGUGCCUUUCCACUUCAAGUGGCCGGGAACAUUUUCAUUGAUCAUUGAAGCCUGGAACGCUGAAUCUCCCACUGAAUACACGGACAACCAGAAUAACCUCGUGAGCCGCUUGGCGACCAGGAGAAGACUAGCCAUCGGUGAGGACUGGUCCCAGGACGUGCACUUUGGCGAGCAGAGCGAGCUGCGCUACUCCUACCACGUCUACUGCGAUGAGUACUACUUUGGAGACGGCUGUGCUGACUACUGCCGGCCGAGAGACGACACGCUGGGACACUACACCUGCGACGAGGAGGGCAACCGCAUCUGCCUGGAGGGCUGGAAGGGAAACUACUGCUCUGAGCCCAUCUGCUCAGCGGACUGCAGCGAGAGGCACGGCUACUGCGAGGCCCCAGGGGGCUGUACAUGUCGCAUGGGCUGGCAGGGCCCCUCCUGUAAUGAAUGCGUGCGAUACCCAGGCUGCCUCCACGGGACGUGCAGCCAGCCGUGGCAGUGUAACUGUCAGGAGGGCUGGGGGGGCCUCUUCUGUGACCAGGACCUCAACUACUGCACAAACCACAAGCCCUGCGCCAACGGGGCCACCUGCACCAACACGGGCCAGGGCAGCUACACCUGCACCUGCCGGCCCGGCUUCGGAGGCACCAACUGUGAGCUGGAAACCAACGAGUGCGACAGCAACCCCUGCAAGAACGGAGGCAGCUGCAAUGACCUGGAGAACGACUACUCGUGCACCUGCCCCCAGGGAUUCUACGGUAAGAACUGUGAGAUCAUUGCCAUGACGUGCGCCGAUGGUCCCUGCUUCAACGGCGGCACCUGUGUGGAGACGAUGACCGGAGGCUACACCUGCCGCUGCCCCCCCAGCUACACCGGCUCCAACUGUGAGAAGAAGCUGGACCGCUGCAGCAACAGGCCCUGUCUGAACGGUGGUGAGUGUCUGGACCUGGGCCAGAGUGUCCUGUGCCGCUGUCAGGCAGGCUUCACUGGGGCCAACUGCCAGGUCAACAUUGACGACUGCGCCUCAACGCCCUGUGAGAACGCUGGAACCUGCCAGGACGGUGUGAAUGACUACACCUGCUCAUGCACCCUGGGGUACACCGGCAAGAACUGCAGCGUGCGCUCGGACGCCUGUGGCGCGCGCCCUUGCCAGAACGGCGGCACGUGCUUCACCCACUUCACCGGGCCUGUGUGCCAGUGCCCCAAGGGCUUCAUGGGUCCCAGCUGCGAGUUCACGCUGCAGCCCAGCUUCAAACCCGCUUUACGCCAAACCUCCCAGCCCUCCUCGGCCACCCUCACCGUCUCCUGCCUCCUGGCUGUGCUGGUGCUGGUUCUGGUGGCGGGUAUUAUCUACUUGAGGAGGAGGAGGAGGCUGCAGGGGAGGAAGCAGCUGAGCGACAUUGCGGUCUACAACGACUUGGACACGGUGAACAACCAGGGAGGGAAUGAAAGAGAAGCCUUCCUCAGUCCCAACGGCCUCUUCAAGAUCAGUAACGGCACGGCUCGCCUCAGCCUCUCACUGUGCCCUGAUGGGAGAUCUGGGUACAGACAGGCCAACCCUGUGGAGAGCAGCCUGGCCAGGAGCCAGCAGGACUUUAUGUGGAGGGACGAGUCGGGCCUGGGCUCCGGGGCCGGAAUGAGAUGAAACAGAGAGAAAAGACGGAGGUUUAAACAGGGGAAAAUGAAUAUUAGCACUUGUUGCUCCUCCCUCUUCAUGCACAGUGAAGAAAGGAGCAAAUCCACAAGUAAAACAAAACACUCUGCUUAUGCAGAAGAUAAUGUACCAUUAAAAAUGUAAGCAGAAGAAACAAAUUAUUGACAAAUGAACUAUUGUGAUAAAGAUGAUUUACAAAGAUUAUUAAAAUGUAUAUGGGGCAAAGCUCUUCCAUGUUUAAGACCCAAAGAAACAAAUAAUACAUCCACUUUCCAUACAUAGGACCUACAACACAAACCAAAUACAGGAAGUCACAAUACUCUGACCACUUUGGAAAACCUGCCCAGGACAUGUUGUUUUGGGUUAUUGUUUUUAACAUGUUCACUUUGAUUAUUUCUCUUUUUUUAAAAAAAAAAAAAACACCGAACUUUUGUUUUGCUUUUCAAUCUUCCUUUGGACAUUAUUUCCUUAUUGUGCGUACCAUCAUUUUUAUUCUUUAUAUUAUUUAUUUAUUUGAAAACUUAUGUUUAUGGCUUCACUUUGAUUGUCAAAGAUGUAGAUAUAUAUUUAUAUGAUGCUGAAUGGAGACCGACACUUGAUGUUGUACCUGGAUGUUUUAUGGGCUGUGAAAGCUGUGUGAAAUAUCCCAAAGAUAUUCAGAGCAGGGAUAUCAGGAAAAUGUGCUUUAUCACACUAAGUCAGCCACUGCUGUCCUUUAUAUUUAUACUUUAUAUACUACUGAUCACAUUGCUCUUUCAUGUGCCAUUUUGUGUUCAUGCCAAAGUUUGUGUUAUGUUCUGUCAUUCAUAUUAUUUAAUUUCAUCAUGUUGUGGUUGUGACGU